ACCGCCGAAGUAUUUUAAUAACCGGCGGCAAUCUAUCUCACCACCGCUACACAUGUCUUUCAAUUUCAACCCUGACAUUGGCAAAAUCGUCGCGCAAAACGACGGAGCCAUAGACACAAAAGUUGAAGUUGAGUUAAUGAGUUUAAAUGGUACAGUGUAAUAUCACUGGAGCCCAAAGAGUACACUGUAAAACUUUAACUUGUGCUGUUUUCUGAAAGAUAAUAUUUUUAGUAAUCUUGUGUAUGAAAUAGGUGCAUGAAAGAUGCCGCAAAUUAAAAUUGAUUAUGUUGUUAGUUUCAGCAGUGAAGACUCGGAGCACCCAGCACGCGGAUUGGUUAGCGGCGCGGCCGACGGCGCGGGACGCUGGCUCUGUGCACGCGGGCAACCCAACGCCUCCGUGCUGCUGCAGCUAGCACGAGCUGCACGGAUCAGCCGCGUGACGGUGGGCGCACACCACGCGGCGCUGGUCGAGGUGCUGGCGGGCCGGUCCGAGACACCGCACGAGCCCUUCCAGGUGCUGGUGCCGAGCAGCGUGUUCGUGUCGGCGCAAGAGUCGCGGCGAGCGGAGGGCGUGCAGCGCGUGCGCAGCUUCGACGGCGAGCAGCUGACUGCCGCCACGCGCGACUUGCGCUUCGACCGUGUGCGCGUUGUCGUCUCGCAACCCUACAACAAGCAUUGCCAGUACGGGCUCUCGUUCAUCCACCUGUUUGAGCCGGAGAAGGAUGCAGAGGCGAUCGUCGGCGAGCAGGCGGAGGAAGCGACAGAGGCGGGGGAGGCGUCUGACGAUGACGAGUUUCGCCCCGGCGAGCUGUUCGCGUUGCACCGCACGCAGCACGUCGCACACACAGAUACUCAAAUUCGGCGGGCAUCGGCGCUGGCUUUGAAAAAUGUUUCCGACUCGUCCACCAAAUUGGUGAAGGCGUCGGUCGUCAGAGCGGGGGGCGCCGAAAAGCAAUCCGCCGAGCGCGACGCGGAUAAAGAUAGGAGGCGAAGCGCGUCCGGCGACGAACGGGCCGCAACACCGCCCGCCUCGAUCGGGGACACGAACUGCGGUUCGGCGGCGUGCACGUCGCGGCCCGAUCGCACCAAACGGAAGCGUCCAGACGGCGGGACGUCGCACGGUGCGGCGGGGGAGAAGAAAGGGAGGACGGACGAGAGCGCCAUACUGCGCGGCGUGGUGUUCGCGCUCAGCGGCUACGCCAACCCGCGGCGCGCGGCGGUGCGCGACCUGGGGCUGCGCCUGGGCGCGCGGUACCGCCCCGACUGGGGCCGCGACUGCACGCACCUCGU